CAUAUCUGCAACACACAACCUGCGGUCAUCGAUACACGAGCAGAAACUGAGCUGGAACAGCAGGAAUAUCAACGUGAUAGACGGAACGGAUGAAUUGAACUACGCGCGAUUUUUUAAAUCUUCUUUAUGUAUCUUUAAAGCAGAAGUUAUGUUUCAUUUGCCAAUGAUAUUGUAUAGAGUGAUUUGAGUUAUAAGUAUUGGUAUGGAAAAACAUUUUGCAUCAUUAAAAUUAUUAGAUUCGGACACUGAUUGGAAAAUAACAGAAGAUGUUAAUUAUUCGCAAACACCAUCUUCUCAACGAAUCUCCAUAAAACAGAUGUAUCAAUCUGAAACUCAGCCUAACUUGAUUAGACAAUACAGUUACGACCACAUUUUUAAUGAACAUGUAACUGCAAGACCAGUGGAAACGUCCGAAAUUAAGCGAACCGAUAAUAAAACUUUUAACGAGCAUCAGAUGAUAACAGAACCUUGUUUCGACUCGUUUACAUCUCUUAAUAGGCAAUUCUGCAAAAAUAGCAAUAUAUUACAAGCACCAAAAUUUAUACCAAACAAACCAUUAAAUGAGAUACUAUUCGAUGAAGUUGAAAAUGUAAAUCCUACAAAUGUAUCCCGAUUUUCAUUGCAUUGCCCAGCAGCAAAUGCAAAUACAAUAAAUCAAGAAGAUCAUUUUCCUUCUGUACAGCUGAGAAAUUGUGAGAAAACAACUGCUGAAAUUAAACCAAACAGUGAUACAAAAAUUAUAAAUAAGAAGACAUAUCAAGACAUAAAAAAUAAAUGUAGGCCACUAGUAUUAAAAAACAAAAUUUCUCCAAAAAAGAAGAUAAAUAUGUGUUACUGUGGUUGUUUAACUUUGAGCAUAUUACCAAUAAUUGCAGUAAUAAUUGCAAUGUUUUUAAAUUUGAAUAUACCUACAGUUUGUAAUCGUGAAACGUUUUUCUUAAAUGCUACUCAAGAAUUACAGCAAAAGAUAAAUGGACAAAGAAAUGCAAUGUCACAAAUUACAACUCAUUUAAAUCAGGAUAUUUUCUAUUUAAAAGUUUUAUGUCUUAUAGGUGGAACAGGUGUUGGGAAAUCUUACACUGCUCAAAUCAUAGCAAAACAUUUUCCUCUGAAAGAGAAAAUUUUUAUAUAUGAUAUAUUGUUGAACCAUCAUACCGAUGCAUACUUGUCAAAUUCACUUGAUUUGUAUCAGUUAAUUAUACUGGAAAAUUUAAAAAUGCAAAAUUUAGAUAUUUUUUCUAAUAUAAUAGAUGUAUUAAAUCAAACAAAACCUAAAUGUGUCACCGUAAUAGCAAUUUUCAACAUAGAAGAAGUGAACAAUAAUCUAGAACGAAAAAUAGAUUUAACACAAAGCAUAAAUACGAUUCGCGAAGCACUGGUCCAUAAAAAGAUUGAUAGUUUAAUUGUUCCUUAUGAGCCUUUAAACGAAGAAGCAUUACAAAUGUGCAUAGUUGAGGCGGCAACAAACAGUGGUUUGACACUUACAUUGGAUCAAGUAAAUGAAGUCAAACAAAAUUUAUUACUUUUUGGCAGUGGCUGCAAAGGGGCAUAUGCUAAGGUACAAGUUGUUGGUAGACUCUAAAUUUAAUGUAAUAAUUUAUUUAUCUUUACAUAUAUGUUCCUUUUUCUUUAAAAUAUAGAAAAUUUUCAAGACUAAAAUAUUAGCGUUAAUUACUCAGAAAAAAUAAAUGUACAAAAUUAUAAUAUCUUAAAAGCUUAUUAUAGGUUUCAAUGUGAUCUUAGAUUUAGUCUUAAAUAUUACAGAUGUUAUUGAGAUAUUAACCUUUUUAAACUAAUUAUUAUAUGAUCAGUGAUAUUUAUGUCAACUAUUUUCGCUAGAAUUUUAUACAAAGUGUAGCAUUAUCACAUCUAUAAUGGUUGAUUGGAAAAAGGAAAUACUAUAAGAAUUGUAUAAAAAAUAAUUAUUUUGAUACACUAAAUACAAAUAUGUAAAUCAACAAUUAAAAUAAUAUAAUAAAAGAGCAUCAAAGUAACUAUAAUAUUAUAAAUUAUAGCAUAAAUAUACGUAUGUUAUAAGAACAAUUUUAUUUGAAAAGCAGAGCCAAAUUUAAACAUUUCAUACUUUUAAUAAACUGUCAUUUUUAUCAUUAUAUUUUAUUAUAACAUUUUUUAAUACUUCAUACAUUUUUAAAUAAUAAAUCAUAGUAAAUACCUUCGAUCACUUUUUAUUACACAUAUACAUUCCUUAGUUUUCAAAAUACAUUCAACACAAACACCAAGUUUACACAGUUUAAACUGCUAGCUAAAGCUGUUAUUUAGUUUAUUUAAAUACCAUCUUGAUUUUGUUCAUUGCAUUUCUUUCUUACACUUUUCCCCCCUUGCCUCAUUAAAAAAAUUGUUUAUCCCUCUGCCACAACCACUGCCAAAAAGAAACUAAUAUUAAAAAUAAGAAGAGGAAAAUAAUAUGUGUUAAUAAGAUGAGAAUUUGUGAUUUAAAAGAUAUAUCUCCAAUAUAGUUAUUAUUGUAAUCCUUUGUAUUUAAUCUGCUUUAUUCAUUCCUUUUUUCAUUCAUUAAUCAAUUAAGAACGCCAACGAUACGUAUAGGUGUUUUAUUUUGUAGAAAUUUGCAGUACAUUACAUAUAUUGUACAUAGUAUGAUAUAAAAUAUUAUUUAUUUUUUUCAUAACUUGGCGCUGCAGAUAAUACCGUUCAAUUAUUGCUCAAAUCUUAAUAUACGAUGGAUAACGCGAAUUCAUGUCUUUUUGAGAUAAUAUAAUGUUGAUUUAAGUGUAUUACGAAAGUGUAAAAAUAAAAUGUUUGAUAAUAAUUCAUAUAGGGGUAAUUAGAGAAUGAAAAUUCGAUGUGCGUCAGUCUAGUUAUUACUUUUUACAGUGUACGUAUUUUAUUCUGCACAACGUGGCACGUUGAGUAUUUUUUACACUUUUCUUAUGAAAUUACAUAAUAUGUUUACGUCUGUUAUAUGGUUCGUGAUAUAAUCUUUAAACUUAUCCUAAAUCGCGAAGAACACAACAAAACCUUGGAUUUUUUCUCCAAGAUCGGUACUUUACACUUUACGUGACACGAUAUCCCAUAAGAUGUUAUGCCUGCGCUACAUUUUCUAUAUCAGGACGCUUCUUCACGUAUGAUCACAUUUCACUUCCUGAUAGUAAGUGCUCGAACCAUUGCAUGUCAUAGCUUGGUAAAUAAACAGCAUCGAAACAACUAUUACGUACACUCAUGUGAGUACGACCGCUAGCGUUAUGCAAAACCAUAACAAUCCAUGUAACUCGCUAUACAUUUCCAAUAUAUUUUCAUCUUUGUUAAUUGCUAUAGGAAUAUCUACAUAUUUAAGAAUUUUUUAGAAUUGUAAAUUAGCUUUAAGUUUGAGUAUAAUUAUUAGUGAUGAUAUCGACAAGAAAAUAAAAUGACAAAAUAAAAUUGACAAGUGUAGCGUUUGUUAAUUGUCAGUGCGUAAUACUAACGUAGUAUAGCGUCCAAUAUAAUUCGUCCUGGUUUUUUAAAAAUAUAUAUAUAAUUAAUCUCGAUGCGUAACUGUAAGACAUAUUCGAGAUUAAGAGUAGGAAAAAAAGAAAUUUCCUAAUUAUUUGUUACGUAGAUCGGUGAUGUAAGAUAGAAACAGUUACCUGGAAUACAGUGAUUGAUUAGAAAAUAAGAUAUGAUUAUAUAUUUUUAAUAAAUUUGAACAAUAUUGUCGAUUAAUAAUU